AUGUUAACUUUUGAAAGAAUUGACCAAAAAUUAAAAUAUGCAAGAAGAGAUUACAAAAAGAUAGUGGAGGAAGAGGAGAAUAAACAAAAAAGAUUAGUAGGGUUAAAAGAAAAGUUGGAUGACAAAAAUACAGGAACAAAGAGCAGAAGGAAAGUCAUUGGAGGCGGAGAAGAAGAGGUGAAGAGAUCAGGUGUUGAGAAAGAUCAAGAAAGUGUGCAAGUAGGACUAAAACGUAAAAAUAAAAGUCAGAAAGAGAAUUUAACAAAAGUUCGUAGAAUGGGUCCUUUCUCAUCAACAAGUAAAUUAAUUAAGAAUAUGGCUAAUGAAUACGUCAAUGAAGAUUUACGUAAGAAUGCAUUUAUCAAUCAUAUUACUGAAUUUAUUGGUAAGUUUAUUGAGGUAAAAAUUGAGGAUGGAAGUAGCAUUGAUAGGAUGUUAUUGGUAGAAACUGCUUGUGGUAAAAAUGGAUUACGAAUUAUUUAUGAAAUUAAAAAUGAAAUUGGUAAAAGAAAAAGUGAUCUAACAAUUUAA